AUGACCGCUUGCCUUCCGCCAAAUCUGUUGGCGUUGUUUGAGGCGAGACCACCAAUUCCGUAUCUUCCGCCACCAACGGAUUUACUGAUUGAUAAAAAAGAGAAAGGAAAAGUUGUUGAAAUCACCGGAAUCGCUGAAUAUGUUGGCCUUUUUGAGGAUCCAAAGGAUACACCACCCAAACCUGUUAUUGAAACAAAAGCGGAAAAGAAGGAAAGACGCAGGCGCGAGAAAGAAGAGCUUUUGGCGUACAAGGUGGAGCAGGGUAUCGCGCAGUGGAAUCCAGCUGAGAAUCCCAAUGCUACCGAAGACCCGUACAAGACUCUCUUCGUUGCCCGAAUAAACUACGAGACUUCGGAGAAUAAGCUAAAGCGAGAAUUCGAAGCUUACGGAAAGAUAAAGAAAGUAACAAUGAUCCACGAUUUGAACGGGAAGCCGCGUGGUUAUGCUUUCAUCGAGUAUAGCGAUAAAUCGGAAAUGUCUAAUGCUUAUAAACGUGCCGAUGGGACAAAAGUUGAUGGACGCAGGCUAAUUGUUGAUUAUGAGCGAGGUCGUACACAGAAAUCAUGGUUACCGAGAAGACUGGGUGGAGGUAAAGGAGACACACGAAGAGCACGUGAAUCACGCGCUGCCAUUGAGGAACGUGAAGCGUUAGGUUUACCUCCUUUGGACGGAGGUCGUGAUCGGGACAGAGACAGGGCCGAUUCCCCUCGAGGACCACCAAAGGAUAGCUACCGUGAUCAUGACAGGAACGGAUCCUCCAGACAUCGUAGUCGUUCCCGCGAUCGUGGGUAUGGAGGCCGCGGGGGCGAUCGUGGAUAUGAUCGAGAUCGCUUCCGUGAUCGUGGAAGGUAA